GUUGGCAAGAACAAGAAGCUCUCCAAGGGUAAGGGUAAUAAGAAGCGUGUGGUCGACCCCUUCACCCGCAAGGAGUGGUACGACAUCAAGGCGCCUGUGUUCUUCGAGAACCGCAACGUCGGCAAGACCAUUAAUGCCUCGGACGCUCUCAAGGGCCGUAUCCUCGAGCAGUCGCUUGCUGACCUGAACAAGGACGACGAGCAGGCCUUCCGCAAGUUCCGCCUGCGCAUCGACGAGGUGCAGGGCCGUAACUGCCUGACCAACUUUUACGGUAUGGACUUCACGCAGGACAAGGUCCGCUCGCUCGUGCGCAAGUGGCAGACGCUCAUUGAGGCCUACCAGGACGUGAAGACCACCGACGGCUACCUCCUCCGUGUGUUCGCCAUCGGCUUCACGCGCCGCCGCGCGAACCAGGUGAAGAAGACCACCUACGCCAAGUCGUCGCAGAUCCGUGCCAUCCGCAAGAAGAUGUUCGAGGUGAUCCAGCGCGAGUCGUCGUCGUGCGACCUGCGCGAGUUCGUGGCCAAGCUGAUCCCCGAGGUCAUGGGCCGCGAGAUCGAGAAGAGCACCCAGGGCAUCUACCCGCUCAAGGACGUGUACAUCCGCAAGGUCAAGGUGCUGAAGCGCCCGAAGUUCGACGUCGGCAAGCUCUACGAGCUGCACGGUGGUGCGGCCGUCGUCGGUGCGGAGGACGUCGGCACCAAGAUCAAGAGCGGCGAGUUCAAGGAGCCCGAGAUCCAGGCCUCGGUCUAA